AUUGUUUACUACAUUAUAUCAUCGCCCUUUGUAAAUUAUAAAAUGCUCGAGAAAUUCAAGAAUGCAUCAAUUGUCUGAGGUUUAAUUUAUUGUUUGAUUCAAAGUUGGAUUCCUUAUUCCCUUUACCUUUCUUUUGAUAUUGUGAUAUUUAUUCCCGUUUAAUCUUUCAUCUAUUUCAUUUAUUUAUCUUUUCUUUUUUCUUUUUUUUGUUUAUUUUAUAUAUUAUACAGGUAAAUUAUUUAUUAGCAUCAUGUCAUCGAUUGCUUCUAUCUUUCAUCGUCCUGAAUUGUUUGGUUUUGAUCAACCCGUUGCUCCUACAACAGUCCAUGGAAAUAGGUUUACUUCUAAUAGCAACAAAUGGUUCUCUGUUGACAAUCCCGCUACCGCUCAAGAAAUCGGUAAAGUAACCGAUUUGACCGUGGAGGAUACCAAGAAGGCAGUAGAUGCUGCUUCCAACGCUUUCAAGUCCUUCAAAAACACCACUCAUGUGCAGCGAAGUGAACUAUUGAGUCGCUGGGCUAGCCUGCUAGAGGAAAAUAAAGAAGAUUUGAUAAAGAUGGUCACUUUAGAAAAUGGUAAACCUGUUUCGCACGCUGAUAUGGAGGUCUCUACUUCCAUUGGUUACCUCAAAUGGUAUGCAGGAGAAGCUGUUCGUAUUUAUGGUGACGUAGCGCCCUCUAGCUUACAGAUGAACAACUUUAUUUUGUCGGUGAAACAACCCAUCGGUGUUGCCGGAUUAAUUACCCCAUGGAAUUUCCCUUCUGCUAUGAUUACUCGAAAGGGAGGAGCUGCAUUGGCCGCUGGUUGCACUUUAGUUGCUAUGCCUGCAACACGAACUCCUUACACUUGCAUUGCUCUCGCCAAACUGGCACUGGAAGCUGGUUUCCCUGAAGGUGUUUUUAAUGUGAUCACUACUUCUAAUGUUAGUGAAAAUGGCAAAGAGCUGACUACCAAUCCUUUGAUUCGUAAAAUCUCUUUCACAGGAAGUACCGAUGUCGGAAAAAUCAUCAUGAGCCAAAGUUCUAGCACAGUAAAGAAGAUUUCUAUGGAAUUGGGUGGAAAUGCUCCUUUUAUUGUUUUCCCCGACUUUCCUGUUGAUCAAGCUGUUGAAUCACUUUACAACAUUAAAUUCUUUAGUGCUGGCGAAGUUUGCGUCUGUCCUAAUCGUGUAUACGUUCACAAGGACAUCUACGAAGACUUCAGUAAAAAGCUUGCAGAGAAAGUUAAAAGUAUCAAGGUAGGCAACGGACUUGAUCCUUCUACCGCCUUGGGUCCCUUGAUUUCUAAGGAAGGAUGUGAUAAAAUUACAAAGCAUAUUGAUGAUUCUGUCUCUAAGGGUGCCAAAGUACUAGCAGGUGGUAAGCGAAUUACCGAUAAAGGUGGAUACUUUUUUGAGCCCACUGUUCUUACAGGAAUGGACCAGAAUAUGGUCGUUGCUUGCGAAGAAACCUUUGGUCCAUUGGCUUCUCUGUUCAAAUUUGACAAUACCGAUCAAGUUUUAGAGUGGGCUAAUGACACAGAGGUCGGUUUGGCAGGCUAUGUUUUUACCAAGAACCUCACAACUUUAGUCCAUGUUGCUAAGGAACUCGAAGUUGGUCUUGUUGGUGCAAAUAUUGAAUUAGUAGACGAACCUUUCAUGUCCUUUGGUGGUAUCAAACAGAGUGGAUUUGGAAAAGAAGCAGGUCGUCAUGGUGUUGAAGAGUUCAUGGUCAUCAAAGAAAUCAACCUUAAAGCUCUUUAAAAGGCAGAAAUGAUUCUUCCUAGCAAACAGUUUGAUGAUUCUAUGAUUUUUUGUCUAUCGUUAUAGUCUAUUUAUUAUAGUACACUAUGAUUUCACGGACAACCG